UUGAACCUCUCCAUGGCACUUAUAGCAUUAUUUGUGGCCUUUUGGACUAUAGGAUGCGUUAAAAGCUGCGGUGAUCAACAGACUCAGAUGAGUGGACGGUGUUGUAACAAGUGUCCCCCAGGCACUUAUGUAGAAGAGUUUUGCUCUGACAGACAACAAACUGCCUGCAAAGCCUGUCCAGACGGACAUUUCUCACAACUUCCCAACCUCUUUGACAGAUGUGAAAAAUGUCAGACAUGUCAGCAUUAUGCUGUGAAAUGUACAUCAACCACAAAUGCAACCUGUAGUUGUGCCGCUGGUUUCCUGUGCUCCAACAGCAUCUGUUCGACUUGUGUGAAAGACAAAUGCGUCACAGGAGAGAAACCAAAAAGGACAGUCGUCUCCUCGAAUGCAAGGGUGAUAGAAUAUUCGUAUCAGUGUGAAGCCAUAUGUGGCGAAAAACAAUAUUUCGAUGUGCAAACGAAUGACUGCAAACCACUGACACAGUGCAGCGUGCUGGGGUUUCCUGAAAGGUUUCCAGGGAACAGGACACACGACUCAAUUUGUGACAGACCCGGGCCCAAAGACGGUGGAGACUUCAUUCAUGUGAUCCUUGGCAUUAGUGUCAUUUUGCUGUCUCUCAGCCUCUUUCUGUUCAUGUCCUACACAUGUAUAAAGUACCUAAGGAUUCACACAGCAAACCACAAACCCAUGCUGGCUGUUCCUACUAACAUCAGUGACUUUCACCUACCAAAGGAAGAGAGCGGGCUUCAGUUUGUCCAGGAUGGAUCCAAGGACAGUGACAUUUGUGAUCUAGAAAGCAUUAUUUUAAGAUGAUAUUAUAACUCUGUUCAAUUACAGCCAGUAUGCUAAAAAUUAUCUUGCUUGACAUCAGUGCACAGGAUCUAGAAGGGAAAGUGAAAAACAUUUGUAGAACAGACUUGAUGAUUCCUUUUGAUCUUUAGCAUGACUUAAGCAGAAACACAUAUGUAUGGAUUCAUAUUUAAAACCUCACUUUGAUGUGGUAAUGAGUUUAUCUCAAGUCUAUACUUGAAAUAGAUGAUUUCUUGCUGAAUAUUCAGGGGUAUUGCAGUUUGGUCUGUAACACAUGUGUUCGUCCCUGAGGUGGGCCUUGCAGUUUGUGCCCUUCUGGGAUGAGUUACAGAUGAGCUACACAAGUUUUUUAUGCUUAUUAUACUGCAAAUAAACACACUAUUGGGAAUGUUUUAGGUAGGUAGAGUUAAAGAAAUUCUACAAACGAAAACAAAUCUGGUUGGUUUAUUUUGUUUCUGUAGUAUAGCAAAACAGAUAAAUUGUAAUCAGAAUAAAUUAAAUGGUUUUAGUCAUUUUUCCUUUGUUGAUCUAUUAUAUGAUUAAUGAAAAAUCUGCACACAUUUUGUCGUUACAAGAACUGCUUUUUAAAACAUUGUUAAAGUUUGUCAAAAGCUGUCUUUAACAGUCAAGCUCCAACUGGAUAUCUAUUA